AAAUCUCCACAACGAUCAAUUGAACGCAAGGAAGUGAUAAGCGGGUUUCGUGUUGACGCUCAGGCUGGUAACAGCCUAAAUAUAGAUGUGAUCGGAUAACAUAAAACCCUGUUCGGGGCGACCACAUUUCGAGGAAUCGACAGUUAAGAAAUCGUGUUGCCUCUUGCAUCUGAUCAUUUGAAAAGAGAUUUCGUUCAUGGAACGUGCCAACAUUCGUCUGAUAGCCCUAGUGAUCGUGUAUAUAUUCUACUUGUCUGUGGGAGCUGCGAUUUUCUCGUCGAUCGAGGGACCUUACGAGCAACGCAUUCUGUCAGAUCUGAGACGAAAAAGAGAUGAUUUUCUUGCGAAACAUCCUUGUGUUACUGACAAAGAACUUGAAAACUUUGUGAAGCAUGUUGUGGCGGCUCAAGACAUGGGAAUACCGCCACUCGGUAACGCAAGCGAUAAAAGGAGUUGGGGAUUUGGUAGUUCGUUCUUCUUUGCCGGUACUGUCGUAACCACAAUUGGUAAGUCAAUGCAAAUUGCUAAAAGCAGGUGACCGAGUGGCAGGUCUAAUAGAACCCGUAUUUACCCGUUACUGAAAUAAAAUAGCUUUAUUCCCACCUAAGUGAGGUUAAACCGCUAAUUAAUGUACAAGAUUAUUCCGGCUUAGGCUUUCGAUUGCGUGCACUUUUACUUGUCAGUUAUGCGUUUCUUUCGACCGGCAGGGCCCUUCAUAGGCAAAGGCAAAGUCUACCAUAUUAUUCGUGAAAAGUUGUUCCCUAGGAAUUUAGUCUUCACAAGUAAUACGUUGCAAGGACCAAUAAACAGUCUGUGAGAGCUGGUAACUAUUAAGCAUAGUGAUAACAUCUCUUUGAAAAUACCGUGGGCCGACAAAACUUUUCAUCUUACAAGGUAUCUUUGAUGGAAUUGGACCAUUUAUUUCAUUCAGAAGUUACGUGCGUGCGCUGUCUUGGAUAACAUUUACGUUUGAAGUCAUGGUUUCGUUUUUUCAUGUAAAACAUCUUGCAUCUGAUUAGUCACAAAACAAUUGCAAUAACCACAGCUCUUGGGCAUGAUUGACCUUUGAAAGUUGCCAAAGGAACAGAAGGAUUAAAAAUAUUUCGAUGAAAACGAUUGUUACAGUUGAAAGGAAAACAACUUUUCAACUUGGAUUUCUUGAAAUUUCUCAAUUUCUCUGCGAGGUGGUGUCCCUUUUUAUCAGCAGAUACGGGAUCUCUAAGAAAGAGAACCACAAGGUCAAAUUUCUACAUCUUUCCGUGUUUCUUAUCGCUGCGAAAAUACUGAUCGUUCUCUUUUCAGAUAUUUUUCAAUAUUUAAUUUUCGAAAUGUCAUCAAUGAUUCUUCCACCAGCGUAUUGAAAAAAAUUAUAGACAUUUUAAUAAAGCAAAACUAAACACUGAAAGGUCACUCGCAAGAUUACAAUUAGUCGAGGAUCUUUAAGGAAUUCAUUCAAAAAAAGAAAGGGAAAAAAAAGAAAACUAUGCAAAAAUGUUGUCGACUAUGUUUGAAAGCAUGUGUUAUUUUGCCUUUAAUCUGCGCCCUGGCAGCCGCUUUAUGGAGCACGCAGUUUUUCGGUUUUCUACAAGUUUAUGCAGCAGUACCAAUCAAAAACAGUAGUAUGAAUGGUUUUCGGGGUACUCGCAGAAUUAGUAUGUACCUGUUGACUGAGUGGGAGGGCCGGACGGGAAAAUAUUUGGCUCGAGGUCAUGACGUUCCUAGCAAGCGCAGUGAGGUUCGCGUGUCAUGAACUAGAGCUAAAUAUUUUCCCGUCCGGUCCGACCCUACUCAGUCAAUAACCAUUUUAUCACAUGUCCACCUACAAUUUUUUGAAAAUUCGAAAGGUUUUAUUUAAUUUUAAUAGGACGCGAUAGACUGGCGCGCGCGGGAAAGCCAUAAAAAAGAUUCAGCAAUUAAAACUUCUCCUUUGUUUUUCGGAGUGAGAACAAGAAACUCACAAUUCAUCAAAACGUGACUUAUUUUGUCACUUCUGUUCACUGCUCUCACUUAACUUUGCAAUAACAGAGAACAGUGUUCUUUCUUCUUUUCCUUCUUUUUUUUUCGUAACAAAGCCGUACAAGUGCACUAGGGCAGGACGGCUUUUUCCGGACCGGCUCACGUUAACCAGUCCUGCCCUACACACGUCAGCUUUUACGAUGGUUUUCUAUGGCACUACACAAGCUGGGCCGGACGAGUCAUAUGAUCAUUUGCCUUAAUGCCUGUUGUAAUGUUAUUCCCUUCUUAACUAACCACAGCUUCUUCCGCAAGAGAAAAUUAAUCAGUUUUGCUAACAGAUAACAACUAUGAACAAAGGAUGACAACUAUGAACAACUAUCCACCGAAGUGGAGGUGGCCAGCGUUAGACAUUUCUCCACAAGCCACCGAUGAAGUGAAUAGUCGCUUUAAUAUAUAUAAAAACAGAAAGAUAAUAUGUCAAAAGAGGACGAUUUUAACUUGUUUAUUUCUGCAACGAGUACAAUUAUUUCGGGCGCAAAUCCUGCGCAAGUAGCUCGGAGGAAGGGAUAUUCGGAUUCUGAGUAGCCAAUCAAAGUGCACCUUCAUUCCUACUUAGUAUAUACUGCGAUGAUAUAUGCAAAAAUCUUGUUAUCAGAUAUUGACUGAUAUUUACUGGUUUUGUUUUUACAAUACGCCCGGGAUCUGAUAUGCAACUUUGUUUUUCAGGAUACGGGAACAUUGCCCCUUUGUCGGAUGGUGGAAAGGUAUUUUGUAUGGUGUUCGCAGUGUUUGGUAUUCCCAUGACAGCUAUCAUGUUGACAGCCAUAGUAGAACGACUCCUUCAGUUAACCGAAGUAUUGGAAAAGUUUCUGUGCAGUACUUGUACCGUACGUGGUGUUCCAACCGCUUAUUUGCGCUUCCUUCAUUUGUCACUGAUCAUGUGCGGCGCUAUCACACUAGUCAUGAUAAUUCCAGCCUUCUUUUUCAUGUUCCUCGAAGACUGGAGCUACUUUGAAGCGUUGUAUUUCUGUUUUAUUUCCUUAACUACCAUAGGACUUGGAGACUUUGUUCCUGGUGAUGACCCGAAGUGGCGGAGGAGUGAAUACCGCUCACUUUAUAAAGUCUGCUGUGUGUUUUUCUUCAUCACUGGACUCACAUUCUUGCUCCUCAUAUUAGAGCUUUGCGCCAAAAUUCCGGACGACCAUCCCGGUAUGCUUUUCUCUUGUCACAAACCAUUCCUCCAGGAGGACGAGGAGGACAUUUCGGCUUCAGCAAUCAAAUUGCGUCCGCGAUAUUCGAUAUCGAGUAGCGGAAGUUCACCGUCAUCGCCUGACAGGCAAAGACUAUCCAGAAACUCUUAUGAGAGAAUAUCCGGCCGUGACAAGGAAUCUAGAUGACGUAAAAAAAGCUAAUAAAAUACUAAUGGCACAUAUUUUUGGCUAAGCCGGCCCAAAAUGGAAGCUCUUAAAAUUCAAUGCGAUGAAACUUCACUAAAUAGGUUCCUCUUAUAUAUCUAACCUGUACAAAAUAAUAGUCAGUUGCCCAGAGAAUUCUCUAAAUCAGUCGGAAAAGCUUGAUUUCAAGCCAGCUAAUUAAAUUUUUAAGCUAUCCCAUUUCGCUUCACUACGUCACGAAAUUAAAUUCAGAGGGUUAUUUGUAAUUACAAAAAUUGUCCAGUCAAAAACUAUUUAUAAACAUGCAAGAGUCUGCAUUUUUACAGGGUGGAGGGCUGCAGGUGAGAUCUCUUUUGGGGGGAGGGGGGGGAAAGAGAGAGAAAGCGAAAAAUGGCUUCAAAGGGAGGGCCAUACCAAGAAAAAUAGAG